AUGCUCUCACGUGUUGCUGCAGUGAAGGCACCCCGCACACACAACCGUCGCCGCGUGACCGGAUCCAGCGGCAGGAGGAGGGAAGGGAGAGAGAGUGAGCCGCCGAGGCCCAACAUGUCUCGGCGUGUGUUUACUUCUGCGGCGCUCUUCCUCGUCGUGAUGGUGUGCUGCAGCAGUGCGGCAGCGUCUGAUUCGGAACUUUCAAAGGGCAAAUUGUUUGUUUGGAGAGAUACGACAGGUGAGGGAACGGUGAUUUUGCUUCUUUCUCCAAGUCUUGUUGAGAUGAAUGGUGAUGUGUUUGCCGUUGCCGGGUCGCUGUCCACGAAGAAAGAUGUGGAUGAAAAUCAAGAGAAUGUUGCUGGGGUUGCCUCGGAGCUCCUGACGUGGGCUGAUAAACAAACAAGCAAGGAGUUGGAUAAAACUAAACUGAAGACACAAGUACUGGAGGAAUGUUCUUCUGGAAAAGCGGAAUGCCCCGACCAAGCAGUGGAUCGGUCUGGCACCAAAAGCCGCACGGAAGUACGUCUGGGUAAACCAACAACAGUUGUGAAGGGAAGUGAUAUUUACAUGCUUGCUGGAAUGUACGAAAGUGCAGUUACCAUUGCUGCUGGGGAGGACAUAACAGGUGAAGUGGGGCUUUUGCUGGCGAGAGGGAACGUCAGUGUUGAUGAUGGGGACCGUAACAAAAGAAUUUAUUGGACUGAUGUUGACGCUCUCCCGAUCACUUCUAAUACCGAACAAUAUGGAUAUGUGACAGUACUGCUUGGGAGCGGUGGAUCGGGCGUUAAGAUGAAGGACGGUACGCUUGUGUUCCCUAUGGAAGGCAAGGUGUAUAGGACGGAGAAGGCGAAUGGCAAAGAUGCAGCUGGGAUGGGAUACACUGUCUCACUGUUCAUAUACUUUCCGGAUAAUAAGAGUUGGAAGCUGUCGAAGGGGAUGUCAGCCGAUGGCUGCAGUGCUCCCUCCGUCGUGGAGUGGGAGAAGGACAAAUUCAUGAUGAUGACUGCGUGUGAUGAUGGCCGCCGCAGGGUGUACGAGUCCGGUGACAAGGGGGAUUCGUGGACGGAGGCACUCGGGACACUCUCGCGCGUGUGGGGCAAAAAACGGGAUAAAAACGUGAAACUCGUUAGAAGCGGGUUCAUUACAGCGACGAUUGAGAACAGGGAUGUGAUGCUCGUGACUCUGCCGGUGUAUACCAAGGAGAAAGAUAAAGAAAAUGUGGAAAAGGGCGUACUCCAUCUUUGGCUGACGGACAACACGCACAUUGUUGAUAUUGGGCCGGUAUCUGGGGAAGAGGAGGAUGCUGCCGUCAGCUCCCUGUUGUACAAAGUCGGUAAUAAUAAUCAGGAAGGGUUGAUUGCACUGUACGAGAAGAAGAAAGAAGUUAAUAAUAAAAAAUCACACGAUAUGGUCUCUGUGCGCCUGACUGAGCAGCUGCAGCGGGUGAAGGAGGUGCUGGCGACGUGGAAGAAAGUGGACGAACGUGUCUCCCAGCUGUGCAUCAAUCCAAGUGCUGCGCAGGAUCUUUCAACUGACACUGCCUGCAGCGCUGAUAAGAUCGCGGAUGGGCUGGUUGGCUUUUUGUCCGGCAACUUCUCUGGGAACACAUGGAGGGACGAGUACCUCGGGGUGGACGCCACGGUAAUGAGCGGUGCAGCAGCGGCAACAGAGACUUCGGAUAACGGCGUGAAGUUCCGGGGAGCGUGGGCGGAGUGGCCUGUUGGCAGUCAGGGGGAGAAUCAGCUGUACCACUUUGCGAACUACAAGUUCACUCUUGUGGCGACGGUGUCCAUCGACGGUGAGCCGAAGGAGGGUCCCAUUCCAGUGAUGGGUGUGCGUGCGGGCAGUAACGGAGAAAACAAACUUAUGGAGUUGUCUUACAACAAAGAGAAGAAGUGGCAGGUGCUGUGCGAUGGCGAAGCGAACGAGGAGCAUAGCAGCGUUUUGGGGGCAGAGAAAACUCAACACGUGGUAAUUUUGCUGCUGAACGGCAACCAUGGCUCCGCGUACGUCGAUGGUCAGCGUGUGGGGAAUGAACCGUGUACAUUGGGAAAUACGGAUUCGAAAGAGAUCUCCCACUUCUACAUUGGAGGGGAUGGAGUGAGCACAGACAGCAAAGAAGGCGUGUCUGUGACGGUGACGAACGUCCUGCUGUACAACCGCCCCUUGAAUGACGCGGACAUUGCUGCGCUCAACACAAACAAAAUUUCCAUUCCAAAGACAAUGGCAGGGGAUACUUCUUCAUCUGCGGUGUCUCGCCCGAAUCUUCCUGCUGAACAUUUGGCGGCAGGAGCAAAGGGUCGAGGUACCGCUCGUCCCGGUAGAGCACAUGGUGAUGAUGGCACUGAUUGCGGAAGCGGACUGCUGCCAUCGCUGCUCCUUCUGUUGGGACUGUGGGGGUUUGCGGCUCUGUGA